UGAAGUGGAAAGUCACUAAGUCCAAGUUUGGUUGUCUCCACCAUGAGUACCUGACCAGUGACGCACUUCCACCUCUCUCAUUUGUGAAUGUGAGUUCCCGCAACAAUCAGAUUCAGGAAAUGGCCGGACAUCUUAGUCGGUUACAAACAGAACACGAGGGUCUGAUUGUUGGAUCCGAAAGUGCGCGAAGACUAGUAGAUGAGCUGAAAUCAAGAGUGAAGGAGUUGCAGCAAGAGGUGAACAGGCAGAGUGUUGUGAUCUCGGAUGGGGCUGAGGAGAAAAGAGAGGUGAUCCGGCAGCUUUGUUUCUCGCUGGAGCACUACAGGAGCGGAUACCAAGAGCUCCGCCAAGCGUUUACCGGGCACAGGCAGCGCGUGGUGUAUUAGCAAUAUCUCAUACCAAUAUCAGCACAGAUCAGUCUGCGCUUCUUUCUCUCAAAGCUCACAUCACUAGUGACCCUCAAAACAUCUUGACCGCCAACUGGUCCUCUGCCUCCAAUUCCAACAUUUGCAACUGGGUUGGCGUUAGCUGCGGUGCUGGCCACCACAGAGUCACGGCCUUAAAUCUCUCGCACAUGGGUCUCUUGCCGGAGUUAUUCCUCCACAUCUAGGCAACCUCUCAUUUCUCGUUGAGUUGGGCCUUAAGAAUAAUAGCUUUCAUGGUCCCCUACCGCAAGAACUGUCUCGUUUGCGCCGGUUGAAGGCGAUUGACUUUGGAAACAACAGCUUUAUGGGAACCAUUCCUUGGUGGUUUGGGUCUUUUGCUAAACUUCAAACCAUUAGAUUGUACGGUAAUGGCUUCUCGGGUUUCAUACCGGCUGCUAUCUUCAACUUAUCUGCACUCGAAAUAAUUGAUCUAAUGAGGAACCAACUAUCGGGUAGCAUACCCAGAGAAAUAGGCAACUUAACAAUGGUGAAGGGCAUAUACCUUGACGACAACAAGUUCGAAGAACUUCCGAACGAGAUGGGCAGUUUAGUUCAGCUGGAGGAGUUGUAUGUGCAGUUCAAUGCCCUAAAAGCCUCUGCUCUUAUGCCUGUCUUCAACAUAUCUUCUUUGACUAUUUUGAAUCUAUACGGAAACAACAUGAGUGGCAGUUUUCCGGACAAUAUAUGUGAGCAUCUUUCGAGUAUUCGAGUAUUUGAUUUGAGUCGAAGCCAGCUUGGCGGUCUGAUUCCCGCCAAACUGUGGCAAUGCAAAGAGCUUCGUGAAAUCUCUUUACACUCUAACAAUUUCCGUGGAAGCAUACCGAAAAGUCUUGGCAAUUUGACCUACUUAACCGGGAUUGAUCUUUCUGAGAAUCAUUUAACAGGUACAAUACCGGAUGAGAUUGGUGAUCUUCCGCAGUUAGAGUUUUUGGGACUGGCUAUUAAUAAUCUCAGCGGCGUCAUCCUAUCCAAACUCUUCAAUCUCUCCAUGAUAAGAACAAUAGGGCUUUCUUUCAAUCAGCUCUCAGGUAGCCUCCCCGCAAACAUCGGUCUUAACGCUCCAAACUUAGAAAUCCUUUUUGUAUCCAGUACUAACCUCGUGGCUGGACUACUCCCUAACCUCUCCAGUGCUUCCAAGCUCAGGGUGCUAGACAUGAGCAAAAACGCAUUUACCGGGUUUCUUCCUAGCACGCUCUGUUCCUUGAAAAACCUUGAGAUUAUUUCCUUGUUCUUGAAUAAUUUGACAAUUGAUGCUUCUACUCCACAAGCAGCAAGCACUCUCUCUUGCUUGUUUAAUCUUAGAAAUUUGACAAAGUUAGACAUGGGAGACAAUUCACUAAACACCACGAUUCCAGCUUCUCGCGGGAAUCUCUCUACGUCACUCCUAUAUGUGGGUUUAUUCCGUUGCAACAUCAGGGGCAACAUUCCAGUAGAAAUUGGCAACUUGAGCAGCUUGAUAGCACUACAAUUGGGAAGCAAUCAGUUGAGUGGAGCAAUUCCAACUUCAAUACAAAGGCUACAAAAUCUCCAACUUUUGUAUUUGUAUGAUAACGAACUGCAAGGACAUAUCCCGUAUGAACUCUGUCAACUAAACAACCUAGCCGGUUUACUUUUGCAUGGUAAUCGGCUCUCUGGUUCUAUUCCUUCCUGCUUGGGUACUUUGGCAGUAGCUCUAAGAUAUCUACGGUUAGGGUCCAAUUUGUUAACUUCAAAAAUACCAUCUUCCUUGUGGGAACUCAAGUAUAUAUUGGAGCUAAACUUGUCAUCCAAUUCUCUAGUUGGACCACUCUCGGAAGACAUCGGAAAGUUGAAAGAUGUGGUGGUAAUGGAUUUAUCAAAUAACCAUUUCUCCGGAAACAUUCCCGGUAGCAUUGGGGGUCUUCAGAAAAUGAUUGAUUUUUCCUUGGCAAACAAUUAUUUAGAAGGCCCUAUUCCCGGUUCAUUUAAAACCUUGCUAAGCCUAGAAUUCUUGGAUUUAUCCAAAAACAAUCUAUCUGGAGUGAUCCCAAAGUCAUUGGAAGCCCUCUUGUAUCUCAAGCAUCUGAAUUUGUCUUUCAACAAACUCCAAGGAGAAAUUCCAACAGGCGGGCCUUUCGGAAACUUCUCUGAUGAUUCAUUUGUAUCAAACGGUGCACUCUGCGGUACUUCCCGACUCCAUUUUCCAUUAUGCAAAUACAGAACAAAAGUUGAGCCAAAUUGGAGGAAAGCUAAAUAUAUCAUCUCAGGGGUCAUGUCAAUAAUACUCCUAGCCGCUGCUGCAUUGAUUCUGAUGCUAUGCAGGAAAAGGAAUGUUGAAGUUGUAAGAGAAACUGCCUUGCUACGUCGAGUUCUUUGGAGAAGAGUUUCGCGCCUAGAACUUGUAAGGGCGACAAAUGGACUUCACGAGAGUAACUUACUAGGCACAGGGGGGUUUGGCUCAGUAUACAGAGGAACACUGUCAGACGGGAUAGAUAUCGCCCUCAAGGUUUUCAAUUUACAGCUAGAAGGGGCAUUCAAGAGUUUUGCGAAGGAAUGUGAAAUGCUAAGCAAUAUCCGUCAUCGGAAUCUUAUUAAAAUCAUAAGUUGUUGCGAUGAACUUGAUUUCAAAGCCCUGGUGCUUCAAUUGAUGCCUAAUGGAAGCCUCGAACAGUGGUUGUAUUCUCCAAACCGCUCCAUGACUAUCCUGCAGAGGUUGGACAUAAUGAAAGAUGUUGCAUUGGCACUAGAAUAUCUUCAUCAAGGUUACUCGAUACCUAUCGUUCAUUGUGACGUGAAACCAAGCAAUAUACUAUUAGAUGAUGAUAUGGCUGCACAUGUUGCUGAUUUUGGCAUUUCAAGACUCAUCGGCAGUGGAGAUUCGAUGACGGAAACAAUGACCCUAGCCACAGUUGGAUACAUGGCUCCAGAGUUUGGGAUAGAAGGAAGCGUUUCGACGAGUGGGGAUGUGUAUAGUUUUGGUAUUGUACUCAUGGAGACAUUCACAAAAAGGAAGCCAACGGAUGAGAUGUUUGUUGGGGAAAUGAAUUUAAAGCAAUGGAUUGCAGAUUCAUUAUUUCUAAAUGCUGCUAUAGAUGAAGUUGUGGAUGCCGAUAUACUUGGGACGGAGGAAGAUGGUGGUUUCGUGAGCAGGAGGGAUUGCUUAUCAUCCGUUAUGAGAUUAGCUUUAGCUUGCACUGCAGCAUUGCCGAAAGAAAGGAUUAACAUGAAAGAUGCCGUAGUCGCACUGAAUAAAAUCAAGGCCAAGUAUUUGAAGGACUCUGGAGGAGUGAAUUCUUAGUUCUUAUCGUUGUUUUCGAUCUUCAAAAACUACAUUAUUUUCUUAUUGUUAUUUCAGUCAAUAUAUCAGGAAGUGACAAACUUCUAAACUUCUACUUAAGUUGGGUUUUUUGGCUGCUUCA